UAGUAUCGUAGGUACUUUGUGCGUUUCGGCGCGCACUUUGCGGUACCGUGGGUUUCGUGGAGUCGGAGUGAUGGGGCUCGAUGGGGUUUAGUCGGCAGUCGGUUUUGCGGGGUAGCUCUUGCGUGGCUGACGCCGUGCAGUGCCUCGCGCGCCUUUCUCAAGGCGUAGUCUCCCGGCAGGAAUUGGGAGAAUAGGAGGACCCCUGUAUUCUUCUUCUCCCUGUUCUUCUCUGGAGGCGCCGGAGUCCGACAUAACCCAGUCUCUUACCCCCUCGACCGGGUAUACGUAAAUGGAUUCCCCAACGUUAAAAAAAAAAAAAGAUAAGCACAAUACAUUUAAUGGAUUUUGUCGUUUGGGCUUCAUCUCAAUUUACCGUUCCUUUACAAGAAAUUUACUACCAGAAUCCAAUGCCGCAGAUACAGUCCCACUACCAAAAUUUGAUGUGGAACCAUCAAUAUUAUCAAGAAACUUAUAAUAAAAAGAUAUUUCAAAAUAGUAAUAAAUCUCGAAAAAAACAUAAAGAGCGCCCAAGGAAAUCGUUCCGUGAUUUAAAUUAUUGUAAGUGUUCUUGCAACGAUUGCUACAGACCUAAGCCCUGCUGUAAAAAUGUAUGCUCAACGUGUAAUAAUCAAUUUCCGCCACAAUCAAACGUGCUGCUAUUCCCAUAUCCAGUUCCGAUCGUGAUUGUCCCAUCUAAUAAAACAACAAACGAAAUAACAAUUCAAACGUUACCAACGACAACCCUAAAUGCAAAAACAACAACAAAUAAACCAACUACUGCUGCAAUAGUCACACACACAAUAGUGACUCCUGUUACGACAACACGGGAUAUCACAUCAUCUGCCAUUCCAACUGUGACUCAAAGUGAUUCGACAAUUACGACAAAAGCAGACACUGUAACCGAAGGACCAAAAGUUACAGAUACAGAAAAAACCUCACCAGAUACAGAAAAAACCUCACCUCCUUCCACUCUAUCUACAAAUCCAAUGCUCAUAACGAGCCCACAAAAAGGAGAACUGCGUUACGACGUAACAAAAAAAUGCCCUCCAAUAUUAGGCUGUUAUAAAGCACACAAGAAACAGAACAGAAGUGGUUUCAGACCAACGGUCAGUGAUUAUAGCGAAUUGAAUUAUCACAAAAAUUAUUUGCUUCGCACUAUAAGGAGAUUGAAAACAAAUUUGAGAAAUAAAUACGAAUUGAUACCGAUUCCAGAUUCGGUUGCCGAACAGUUACUCAGUGAAAUAAAUGAGUGAAAUCUA